CUGCUGCACUUUUGGUGAAUAUAUAUAACGAAGCUAUUACCAUCGUCCAUCCGACUUCUCCCUCCCUUCCUCUCUAUAGAUACACCUAUACAUACAUACAAUAGCUUUGUAAACCUGCUCUGGGCUGAACCUCCUAUUAUCUCGGUCCCGUGCGUAUGACCAGCUCGUACCAGUGUGCGAUUGUGUGCAGUGCAUCUAAAAAUCGCGUAUUCAUGCGUCGAAGAACUCCGGUACCCGUUUCUGUGACUUCAAUAGUGAAUCCCCGUGUCCGAGUGCUGUUCUUGAUGUCGCUCUGAAACGUGGUCGCUGUGAAAAGCAUCUUAUCUCGCCCAGCAUUUACAAUUACGAUUCAGUUUUUGGUUCACGUGCUUCCUAUUACUGCGUGUUCGUAGGCUUGUAAAACGGUGCAAAUUGGUAGUUAUAGUUAGCGGGUUAAUCUUAUUCUUGUUAGACGAAAAACAAAAUCAGAUUCAAUGAUGAACGUGGCCGACGGUAUCUCAAGAAAUGAAAUUAUCAUGCUUCUUGCGAGGCUUUCAUUCGUUACGGCGAUUGGAUUUUUCAGCAUGAAAUGGAUUAUGAAUCAGCUGGAUCCAAAUAAUAAGCAAAAACGCAAAGCCAAAAAGAAGGCUGAAGAACAAUUAAGAAAAUUAGUGACAGCAGAUACCAUAAGUCUAACGAGAUCUAUAGAUUUGGAACAACUGACUGAUUAUGAAAUGAUGAUAGCUAGUCAUCUUGUUGAUCCUAAAGACAUUAAAGUAUCUUGGAGCAAUAUUGCUGGCUUGGAAAAUGUUAUUCAGGAAUUGCAAGAAACUGUCAUUUUACCUAUUCAGCGCAAGGAGCUAUUUGAAGAUUCCCAGCUUACGCAAGCACCAAAAGGAGUGCUACUUCAUGGACCUCCUGGAUGUGGAAAAACAAUGAUUGCCAAAGCUACAGCCAAAGAAGCUAAAACUUGUUUCAUAAAUUUAGAUCUCAGUAUUUUAACUGAUAAGUGGUAUGGAGAGAGUCAAAAACUUACAUCAGCUGUAUUUUCAUUAGCUGUUAAGCUACAGCCAUGCAUCAUUUUUAUCGAUGAAAUAGAUUCAUUUUUACGAGCUCGUAACUCUCAGGAUCAUGAAGCAACAGCUAUGAUGAAGGCUCAGUUUAUGUCUCUGUGGGAUGGAUUGAUAACAGAUCCAGAAUGUACUGUCAUUGUAAUGGGAGCUACAAAUCGACCUCAUGAUUUGGAUAGAGCAAUUUUGAGAAGAAUGCCAGCAACUUUCCAUGUUGGGUUGCCUAAUGAACAACAACGCACACAAAUUUUGGAAUUGAUUCUUCGUAAUGAACCAAUAGCAGACAAUCUUGAUAUUAAUCAAUUAGCAAAAGCAACCGAGGGAUAUUCUGGAUCUGAUUUACAAGAACUAUGCAGAAAUGCCUCUGUAUACCGUGUUCGAGAUUACAUCAGAAAUUCAUAUGCUACUCAACAUCACGAUGAUAUUUAUCACGAUGCUGUCAGACCAAUCACCAUGGAAGAUUUGCUGACUUCUCUGAAGAAAAUGAGAUCUUCAAAAGUACACACAGGUAGUUUAAACUUAUCUAAGUUAGAUUUGGAUUAGAAAAUUAAAACAACCAAAAUGAAUGAUUGUUUUAAAGAAAGUGUGAUUUCAUAACAUUUUGCCUUAUCAGCAAAAUCCAUAGUUAAAUUAUAGAAUUUUUUAUGUUGAUUGGAAUAAUAGUAGAUAGAAUUGUUUACUUUGAAAAGAUGAACAACUAAACAAAAAAUUGAUGCAAGUUGAACACAGCUGAUGGUAAGAUUUUACUGCCUUUGCAAGAUUCUUUUUUUUUAAUUGUUAUAGAUUUGCAGUUAUAAAAAAAUAAUUUUACACUUACUUUACUUGCUUGGUUCAUCAUUUCAAAUAAGUUUAAUUUAAUUACAGAGCGCAAAUUUUUAAGUCUUAAAAAAUGUUAACCAUUGAAAAAAUAUAAUCAGAAUAAUAAAUUUAAAUUAUCAAGUAGAAAAAAAUAAUGAAAAAUGCUAGAACUGGUCAUGUCAUACCAGUCUAGAAAAGCAUAAUUUGUCAACUCAUGUUUUUGUAGGUGGCAUAAGUGAUACACAAAUUUAUAAGUAUCGACUAAUUUUGGCAGAUCAACAUUUUUUUGUUAUACUAGUUUGUAUUUUGUAAACAGUAUAUUUAAAAUAUUGUUUAUACAAUAUCAAAAAAGUUUUGACUUAUAUUAAAAUAUAUUUUGUAAUUUUGGUUUUUUUUUCGUACAAGAGUUUUAAAUACGAAAUGGUAUACUCGAAAUAUGUCCGUGAAAGGGAUAAUUUAAAUCAAUUUUAUUGUUGUAUUUACAAUUAGGUAGGCAGAACCCUAAAAAUACAAUGUGUACAUAAAUAAUCUGAAAAUAUAUGGAAUAAUACUUUUAUCAUCAAAAACUUGAUUAUGUUAUUAAGAAAAUGUAGGGCAAUAUAACAUAAUAAAAAACAAAUGGAUAUGCAAAUAAGAAAUCUGCUCAAUAACUUCAUACGUUUUUUAUAACUAUUUUGAACUAGUCAGAUAUGCACUGUUCAUGUGAAAAAUUUAACUAACUUAAAACAUUUAAUUUGAAUGAUUCUGAAAAAAUAUUUUGUAGGUAAGCUUUUUUGCUCGAAAUUUAUUAGAUAUUAAAUCAAUGUGAUUGAACUUCUUGCUGAAUUGUAAAAUAAAGCAUGAAUUAAGAUCAAAUAGCUUUAGAAAACCUAUACAUACAUAAUAAUUUUUUUAAUAAACCAUUAUGAUGUGGAUAAGCAUAAAUUUGUAAAAUAUAUAUGUAAGUACAAAAAAUGGCACGAAGCCAUUCAUUGAUUGAAAUCAAACUACUUAUACAUAUAACGUAUGUAAUAAUACUUUGAAAUCUGUGUGUUUUUUCCAAUCACUUGGACAAUACCCACCGAUUUUUUUAACUUUGUAAAAACGUUGCGGGCUGUUUGAACUUUCACUUUGUUUAUACUAAAUUUUUAUUUUAUAAUUUAACAAUGGUAGUCAAGAUAAUAUCGUAGAUUAACUUAGAUCUAGAGGGUUUCAUCGUGUAUAAAUAAUUCAAAUUUACUGUUUCCUCUCUCAUUGAUGAAUAAGUAAAGAAAAUAAAUAAAUAAAAUGUCUAAUAAUUGAAUUGUUAUGAAUAAAGAAAAGUAUAGUAAACUUGAAAAAGAAGGAGGUUGUACAUAAUAACCAUUAACUUGAACGAUUUAACAUACGUACGUUACAACUCGUAAAAAUGUAGUACUUAUAAUUCGAGUAACUUGUGCAAUUCAAUUGGACGAUUCAGUUACAAAAAUGGUAAAAAAAACCUUGUUGGUGAAACCAUCGCAAAAAUUUUUCUAAUCGAUGAAAUUUCCGAAAAGAAUACAUGUAUUCCAAGCUUUUCGACAAAAACACCGAUUAUUGUGUAAAAAGUAUCCGCGACACAAAAUUGUAGAUUCUAUUCUUUUUUUUUUUUACAAAUAAACGAUUGUUCGUACUAAAAA